AUCGGGAAAAUCGUAAUAUUCUUCACGUCUCCGAUUGGACGAGACUUAUUUCUGUGUAUUCUCACCGGAAGGCGUCGCGCGUGCUUCCGUGGAGUGUUUGGAUAUGCACAGUACUUCUUUUUUAUUCAUGUGUAGAAAUUAAAAGUGUUUAGUAAUAUAGAAAGUAGCCAUUAAGAAGCAAAAGUCGUUUCAAAGCUUUAAAGAUGUAAACCGAAAAAUAUCAAAAGCAAAAGGAAAGUUGAACAAUUGCAAUAUAAGAUACCGAAUGUUAAAGAACCAUGUUUGUUUGCAUAUAUCAACAACGAAAAUGGUUUUAUUACAUAAUGCUGGUGAUUAUUAACAAUGUGAACUUAAUAUCUAGUGAUGCAGAUAAAUGUGGUGAUUUACCUAAUCCAGCUCAUACAAAACCUCUUCGUGAUCAAUCACCUCCAUUUGAAGUAGGCACAAAAUUGACAUUUGAUUGUAAAAUAGGAUUUGUAGAUUCAGGCAUUAAAUCUACAGCUGAAUGUAUACUUGAAAACAAUAAUGCAGUAUGGGACAUAAAAUCUACAUGCAUAGGUGUAACUUGUGGGUAUCCUGGAGAUAUAGAAAAUGGCCAAAGAAUUGGUGAUAUUUUUAGAUUUCCAGAAAAUAUUACAUACGUAUGCAAUCCUGGAUAUAAAAUUAGAGGUAGAGCUGUUAGUUACUGUGGUACUGAUGGACAGUGGACAGAUCCUCCUCCAAAAUGUAUCAUUAAAUCCUGUCCAAACCCUCAAAGUCCACUAAAUGGUCAUGCUGCUUUUACUGUUACAACAUACAAAUCAGAGGUCCAUUAUACAUGUAGAAAAGGUUUUAUUUUAUCCGGUCCAAGUAAAAGACUGUGCCAAGAAAAUGAACAAUGGGAUGGGAGUGAACCAACAUGUAUUGAAGUAACAUGUCCAGAACCUUUAAAUGUACCUGGAGGAUAUUUUAUUAGUAUUAAAAGAGGUUCAGCUGGAUCUGGAAAAUAUAUUGAUGGUGAUAUCAUUUAUUACUAUUGCAAUAAUUCUGCAAAAAAUGUUCUUGUAAGGUGUACUAAUGGAAAUUGGAUUGGAAUGCUUCCAGAAUGUGAUGUUGAUCCAUCAUUUACUACUAUUAGUAUUACAACUAAACAAACAACUGAAAAACCUACAGAUAUUCCUGGAACACAAGGUUAGUAAUAGAUAUUCUUUACCCCAUAAGUUUUAUUUAAUUUUUGCAUCAUUUUCAUUGAAAUGUAUAUU